CAUCAUGAAUUGGAAUAAAGGUGGACCUGGUACUAAGAGAGGCUUCGGUUUUGGUGGAUUUGCCAUAACACCCGGAAAGAAAGAGGAGCCUAAGCUCUCUCAACAGUCUCAUAGUGCUUUUGGAACAGCCGGUUCUUCUGCUGCAUUUGCAAAAUCAGGACCUCCUCAGCUGCCUUCUUUCUACAAAAUUGGGUCAAAGCGAGCAAAUUUUGAUGAAGAGAAUGCGUACUUUGAGGAUGAAGAGGAAGAUUCCAGCAAUGUCGAAUUGCCGUACAUUCCCGCAGAGAAUUCCCCCACUCGCCAGCAGUUUCAUUCCAAAUCAGCAGACUCUGACAGCGAUGAUGAUCCUCUGGAAGCAUUCAUGGCUGAAGUGGAGGAUCAAGCUGCUCGAGACAUGAAGAGACUUGAAGAUAAAGACAAAGAAAAAAAGAACGCUAAGGGUAUUCGAGAUGACAUUGAAGAGGAAGAUGACCAAGAAGCUUAUUUUCGCUACAUGGCUGAAAACCCUACUGCUGGUGUGGUCCAGGAAGAGGAAGAGGAUAACCUGGAGUAUGAUAGUGAUGGGAAUCCGAUUGCACCGUCCAAAAAAAUCAUUGAUCCACUUCCACCGAUUGACCAUUCAGAGAUUGAAUAUCCACCAUUUGAGAAAAAUUUCUAUGAUGAGCAUGAGGAGAUCACCAGUCUCCCCCCACAGCAAGUCGUGGAGUUACGUCAUAAGCUAAAUCUCCGGGUCUCUGGUGCUGCUCCUCCGAGGCCUGGCAGUAGUUUUGCUCAUUUUGGGUUUGAUGAGCAACUUAUGCAUCAAAUUAGGAAAUCCGAGUAUACCCAGCCCACUCCUAUACAGUGUCAGGGUGUUCCAGUUGCACUAAGUGGCAGAGAUAUGAUUGGGAUCGCUAAGACUGGAAGUGGAAAAACAGCAGCCUUCAUCUGGCCGAUGUUGAUUCACAUCAUGGAUCAAAAGGAGCUUGAACCAGGGGAUGGUCCCAUUGCAGUGAUCGUAUGCCCGACCAGAGAGCUUUGCCAACAGAUCCAUUCUGAAUGUAAGCGCUUUGGAAAGGCAUAUAAUCUGCGCUCUGUAGCUGUGUAUGGAGGAGGCAGCAUGUGGGAGCAAGCCAAAGCCCUCCAAGAGGGCGCAGAGAUAGUUGUCUGCACACCGGGUCGUUUAAUUGAUCAUGUGAAAAAGAAAGCUACAAACCUUCAAAGAGUCACUUACCUGGUGUUUGAUGAAGCUGACAGAAUGUUUGAUAUGGGCUUUGAAUAUCAGGUCAGAUCAAUUGCAAGCCACGUACGUCCUGACAGACAGACCCUCUUGUUCAGUGCCACUUUCCGUAAGAAGAUUGAGAAACUGGCUCGAGAUAUUCUGAUUGACCCAAUUCGAGUUGUGCAGGGAGACAUUGGAGAGGCAAAUGAAGAUGUAACUCAGAUUGUAGAGAUCUUCCCCUCCGGCCCUAGCAAAUGGAACUGGCUGACUCGACGCCUCGUGGAGUUCACAUCUUCUGGGAGCGUCCUCCUGUUUGUCACCAAGAAGGCAAAUGCAGAAGAGCUGGCCAAUAACCUUAAGCAGGAGGAUCAUAAUCUGGGGCUGCUUCAUGGUGACAUGGACCAGAGUGAGAGGAAUAAAGUAAUUUCGGAAUUUAAGAAAAAGGGCAUCCCGAUACUGGUUGCUACUGAUGUGGCAGGUAUGUGA